AUGUCUAUCACCGUCGGCAUCGCAGGUAUCACGGGCAAGUUUGCUCGCCUUGUCGGGAACCACCUAUCCAAAUCUCCCAAUGUGCAGAUUCGCGGUUUUUGCCGGAACGCCUCCAAGCUCCCCCAGCAGUUUCGUGAGUCACCCCGCGUGACUAUCGUCCAAGGCGAGUCGAGCGAUUUAGAGACACUUCGUUCUUUUGUCGGUGGGUGCGACGUUGUCAUCUGCUGCUACCUGGGGGACAACAACUUGAUGAUAGAGGGUCAGAAGUUACUGGUGGAUGCAUGCGAGCUGGAAAACGUCGGCCGAUAUGUCGCCAGUGACUACUGCCUAGACUUCACCAAGCUGGAACUUGGACAGCACCCUGCUAAGGAUCCCAUGAAGCACGUGAAGGCGUACUUGGAUGGUAAGAAGAAUGUCCAGGGUGUUCACGUUCUGAUCGGAGCAUUUAUGGAGACAUUCUGGAGUGGAUACUUCGGAGUUUUCGAUCCUAAGGAGAUCAAGUUCUCGUUCUAUGGGGAUGGAGAUGAAAUUUGGGAAUCUACCACGUACCAAACUGCAGCUGAGUAUGUCGCUGCCGUUGCAUUGGACCAGAAUGCGGUUGGACUGCAGCACUCCUCACUGGUGACAGUCCUCGGUGACCGCAAAUCAAUCAAGGAGAUUGCCAAGGAAUUCUCUCAGGUGUAUGGUUUGGAACCUAAGCUUGAGUCCUUGGGAUCGAAGCAGGACCUUUUCAAUACCAUGCAAGCCGUAUUCAACAAAGAUCCAUCCAACAUCUUUGCUUACCUCGCCAUGUUCUAUCAAUACUACUGCAUCAACGGUCAAACCUACUUGAAAAAGGAUUUGGACAACAAAAAGUAUCCAGAAGUCAUUCCAGUCACUUUCAAGGGCUUUCUCGAAUCUCACAAGCUUGAGGACCUUGCCGAUUCUUAUCAGAAUGCUGGAACUCAGGUGUGA